AUGGCUCUAGAAGAAUUUCAAGAAUCCGAUACUAUUUUUGACGACAUUGUGGGCUUAUCAGAUGGAGAUGCCAAUACUACGUGCGGUUACAAGAAAUCUGGAAAUAAUGAGAAGUUAAGGAGAAAGAAGAAAUCAGUUCCUAUGAACAUCCCGGGAAAUCAUUCGGACAACGAAUAUGAAUAUAUGUACGAUGAAGAUGAUGGUAGAAUUACGCGGCCCCACGAGAUUGUGGGGCGGCGAAUUACCGCAAAGAUGGCGUAUUCGGUGUGUAGCGGAAAUGGAAGAACUCUCAAAGGAAGGCAUAUGUGUGAAAUCCGUGAUUCUAUUUUAAGGUUAACUGGAUUUCUCGAAACAUGA